CGAGUCACCGCUUCAGUAGGUCCUCCAAUUCCAAUCUCGGUGUCGUUGGCCGUUGCUUCUUCACUCUGCCCACCAUGCUCCCCGCCAUGGCCGCGCGCCCCGUCACCGCGAGCAGCUCACCCCGGCCUCCUCGCCUCCCAGUUCAGGUUGCAGCAGCUGCUUCCGGCCCCUCCUCCUCCCCUGCGGUUCGUGGAGUCAAAUCGGGGGCGGGAGCGAAGGGCUCGCUCCUUCGGCCGUGCCCCAUGCUGCUGACGUCCGUGGCAGUGGGGACUUUGGUUGCCGCUGGAGCCGCUAAUGCUGCUGAGAUAUUGGAUCCUCUGUAUGGAUCAUCAGAACUUCUUUUGGCUGAUCUUGGCAUCGGAGAUUGGUUUGGGGGUUUGCUGUUUUCUGCUGGACAGCAGGCUAAUGAGGCUGUUCAGGAUCAGCUAACUGCUCUUAGUUUCUCUAGCUUGGCAGUCAUUUUCAGUGCUGGACUUGUAACUAGUUUGUCUCCUUGUACACUCAGCGUUCUGCCAUUGACCCUAGGAUAUAUAGGUGCAUUUGGCUCUGGAAAGGGCCGAGCUGAGGUUAUUGGAAAUUCAAUAGCUUUUUCAUUAGGACUGGCGACAACCUUAGCUAUUCUUGGUGUUGCUGCUUCGUUUGCUGGAAAGGCUUAUGGUCAGGUUGGACAAGGACUCCCAGUGGCUGCUUCUGGAUUGGCCAUCAUCAUGGGACUGAACCUUCUAGAGGUAGUUGAGUUGCAACUUCCCUCAUUUUUCAGCGAUUUUGACCCUCGAGCUGCUGCAGCUAACCUCCCUUCAAGUGUACAAGCAUAUCUUGCUGGUCUUACAUUUGCAUUAGCAGCAUCACCUUGCAGCACACCUGUUCUUGCUACCCUUCUGGGAUAUGUUGCCACUUCAAGAGACCCCAUUAUUGGAGGAAGCUUGUUGUUGACAUACACAACGGGCUAUGUUGCGCCUCUUCUUAUUGCAGCUUCUUUUGCUGGAGCAUUGCAGAGUUUGCUGUCAUUCAGAAGAUAUUCGGCAUGGAUAAACCCAAUCAGUGGUGCAUUCCUACUUGGUGGAGGUGUCUACACCCUGUUGGACAGGGUGUUUCCGGCAACAUCAAUGGUAAUGUAGGGCAUUGUUGGACAAGAACUGCAAAACAACAGUCCAUUGGACAUGCCAUAGCAAUAUCUUCAGAUGUAAAGUAGCUAAUGAUCAAGCACUAACAGAGCAUGUAAACGAUUCCAGAUAGCCAAGACAUCUUGACCUCGUUAGUCUGUAUUCUGUGAGGGCCUUGAUAAUUGGUAGUGUACCCUGCUAAAAUUACUUAUUUAUGGAUGGUUUAAUAGAACACAUGGAAACAUAUAUGGGUAUGUACCUAAGGAUUGGGGUUUGAACAAAUGACCACAACUUGUCAUCAGGCCAUGUGCGGCCCCAAAUUCAGUAGUUAAUUCCUUUGCAAUUCCUUUU